UAAAACUUUGUUUUGAAAUGUUUUUGAAAGUUUAUUAUUAAUAUUUAAAGUUGUUAUUUUUCAUUCCUCAAACUUUUGAUGAUUAAUAUCAGUUUAAUUGUUUUGUAGGAGCCAUAGAAUAUCAAGCUGUAAUCUCAAAAAUGAAUGCAUAAUAAUCAACAACAACAAAAAUAACGCAGAGAGUGGGCUCGUACUCUGAAUGGGAAUGAAUGACGUGUCAGUCGUAAAUGUAAUACACAUGUAGUAACAACGCACCAACAAAGCUUUCUUUUUUUGCCGUUUUAUUCAUUGUGUUUGUAAGUUAAGCAAGUAAAUAAACAAACAACAGUUACUCAUUCACAGAUCGUCGUCGUCAUUAAUAAGCAGAUAUUUUUAAAAUUUGAUAACUGAUAACAUUUUCAAUUAAGAUCUCGGACAAGAUGAGUCAAAAACCUUAAAAAAUCAACAGUUUUGUGUACAAACAAACCGGAGUUCGGCAAAAAACGUUCAAAGUUUGUCUUUAAUCAGUAUUAUUGUAUGUCGCACGUACAAUCAAUCAACAUAGUCGUAGAGAAACAAUGUACACUCACUCACACAUCAACGCCCAAAUAUAAAGCUUGUCUAGUCAACUUCAAGCGUGCAACACGGCUCGUCGAACUGCUUAAGUGUUGUUUUGAAAAGCGAAUGUGAAACACCGAAUUAUUGACUUUAUUGAUCCGUAUCGGCAAAAAUAUAUAUUUUUUUUUUAUUUUUGCAAAAUACAAAAAACUGUUACUUAACACAACAACAUAAAAAAUUAAAACAAAAAAGUAAAAUCAUGAAAUAAUUUUUGAAGAAUGUGAUACUUUUUUUUUGUAAAAAUAAAAAAAAAAUAUAGUAAAGUUAAUGUUUAAACAAAUGCUUUUCAUUUAUAUUCAAAUACUUCAGUAAUAGUGAACUAUAAAAAACUUGUGAUAAAAAAUACAAACAUUCAUUAAUCAAAGUUUUCAAAGAAUACAUUUAAAAAAUAAUAAAUCAAGAUGAAUCGUGGAUUUGUCAACAUAAUUAUCUUGGGUUUUGGCUUCAUGUUUUUAUUUACGGCCUUCCAGACAAUGGGAAAUAUUGAGCAAACAGUUCUCAAGAGCAUUGCAGAGGAUGAUCCCACAUUCAAGGGUGAUGGAUACACGAGUUUAGCCAUUAUUUACGCCGUGUUUGCUAUUUGUAAUUGGUUUGUACCAUCGAUAAUUUCAGUAACUGGGCCUCGCGUGUGUAUUAUUCUUGGAGCAUUGACAUAUUGCUUCUUUGUGGUUUCAUUCCUGUUCCCAACGACAUGGCUUCUAUAUCUUGCAAGUGCUAUUUUGGGUGUCGGCGCUGCUCUCAUUUGGACAGGACAGGGCAAUUAUUUGUCAAAAUGCAGCGAUCCAAGCACAAUUUCCCGUAAUUCAGGCAUAUUUUGGGCUAUGUUUCAGAUGAGCUUGUUCCUUGGCAACACCUUCGUGUAUUUCGUCUUUCAAGGAAAAGAGAAAAUUGAUCAUGAAACACGACUUUUGGUAUUUUCUGUGCUGAUUGGCGUUGCGAUUCUUGGCAUUGUAUUUUUGAUUUGUCUUCGACGAGCACAAAUUCCUCAAACGGUAUCGGCAGUCGACACAGAAGACAAGGAGAUCGAGAUUGUGCUGACUCCAAUUGAAACACUCAAGAACGCUGUGCGAUUCUUCUUUACGCGUGACAUGCUGUUGCUCAGUGUUUGCUUUUUGUACACCGGUUUGGAAUUGUCCUUUUUCAGUGGCGUUUACAGUCCAAGUAUUGGAUUCACGUUAGAAAUAGGCAGCAAUGCGAAACAACUUGUAGGAAUGUCUGGAAUUCUUAUCGGUGCAGGCGCCGUUCUUGGAGGAGCAACAUUCGGUAUUCUUGGCAAAAAGACGAAUCGUUGGGGACGAGAUCCAAUCGUCAUAAUGGGAUUUGUCUUGCACAUGAUUGCGUUCUUCUUGAUAUUUUUGAAUUUGCCUAAUGAUGCACCUUUUGGAGACACACACGAAGUUUCUUUUUUGAAUCCUCCACGUGUUUGGAUUGCACUAUUAUGUUCUUUUCUUCUUGGCUUUGGAGAUUCCUGUUUCAACACGCAGAUUUACUCAUUAUUAGGAGGAGUUUUUGCCAGCAAAUCAGCUGAUGCCUUUGCCAUUUUCAAAUUCACACAGUCAAUCGCUGCUGCAGCUGCCUUCUUCUAUUCUUCGACAUUUGGAUUACGCACACAAAUGGCAAUCGUCAUCGUUUUUGGUGUUCUCGGGACAACAUGUUACUGCAUCGAAGAACAUUUUAUAAGGAAAUCCGGACGAAAUAACAGCACUCCAUCAAUCAGUGUAAAUCCAAAGGAAAAAUAAGAAUUUUAUGUUAAAAAUAUCGUUAAAUAAUACAAGAAUUUAUUUUAUAUUACAAAAGAAAUUUCCUCAAAUUUUUCGAGAUUCAACAAAAAAAACGAGACGAAAUGGAUCGAAAAGUGCUUCAUCAUUGUAUGUUCCGAACCAUUGAUUUUUUACCAAAAAUAUUUUUCAUGUUCAAUAUUUACUGAUGUGCUAAUUUAUCAUACUCUCAUCAAUUGACACAAUGUGAGUA